GCCUCACUGUGGUCAGACAACCUGCUUCACGUCCCUGUCCUCCUCUGUCAUUGGUUUUCAUUCACAUCUUCUUCAUCAUCUCUGCUUCUUCCUUGUGGUUUGCCUCUUUUCCAAUCAUCCAUUCCUACAUCCAUCUUUCUGUCUAACCCUCCAUCUGUCUCCACCAUGAGUCUGAGUCGGACCAAGCGAAUCAGCUCCAGUAACUCUGUCCGGAGCAGCAGCUCCAGGAGGCUGAGUGGUUUUGGUCCGGGUCAGGGCGGUUUCAGCGGCGUGUCCCUGAGCAGCAGCUCUCUGUAUGCGGGCACCAACGGGCACCACCACGGCCUGGGGGCCUCGCUGACCUCCCUGUCGGUCAACAAGAGCCUGCUGGCCCCCCUCAACCUGGAGAUCGACCCCAGCCUGUCCAUGAGCCGAGCCCACGAGAAGGAGCAGAUCAAGAGCCUCAACAACCGCUUUGCAAGCUUCAUAGACAAGGUACGCUACCUGGAGCAGCAGAAUAAGAUGCUUGACACAAAGCUGGAGCUGCUGAAGGGUCAGGGCGUGGGCCGGUCCAACGUGGAGCCCCUGUUCGAGGCCUUCAUGGCAGGUCUAAGGCGCCAGAUGGACCUGGUCAACAACGACAAGAUCAAACUGGACGGGGAGCUGAGGAACAUGCAGGGCCUAGUGGAGGACUACAAACACAAAUAUGAGGAGGAGAUUAACAAGAGAAACAACCUGGAGAAUGACUUUGUCAUCCUAAAGAAGGAUGUGGACUCAGCCUACCUGGUCAAGGCUGAUCUGGAGGAUAAGGUUGGAGCGCUGACUGAUGAAAUCAACUUCCUGCGCAACGUCUAUGAGGAGGAGCUGCGUGAGCUGCAGGCCAGCAUUAAAGACACCUCAGUGGUGGUGCAGAUGGACAACAGUCGUAGCCUGAACAUGGAGCAGAUCGUGGCUGAGGUCAAAGCCCAGUAUGAGGACAUCGCAGCCCGCAGCCGGGAGGAGGCCGAGGCCUGGUACAAGAGUAAGUUUGACCAAAUGUCGGUUCAGGCCAGCCAGUUUGGAGACGAGCUCCGCAUCGUGAAGGGAGAGGUGGCCGAGGUGAACCGACUGAUCAGCAGACUGCAGAGUGAGAUAGAAGCCGUCAAAGCACAGCGUGGCAGUCUGGAGAACCAGCUGGCUGAGGCAGAGGAGCGUGGAGAGCUGGCUGUGAAAGAAGCAAAGGCCCGAACCAGAGACCUGGAGGACGCUCUGCAGAGAGCCAAGCAGGACAUGGCCAGACAGCUGCGGGAGUACCAGGACCUGAUGAACCUAAAACUGGCUCUGGACAUUGAGAUCGCCACCUACAGGAAGCUGCUGGAAGGAGAGGAGGACAGACUUGGACAGCAGUCCAUCCUCAACAUUCAGGCCGUCUCCAGCUACAGUGCUAAAAGUCCUAACGGCUACCACAGUAGCAGCAGCUCUCCUGCUCCAAAGCUGCUGAUAAAGACCACUGAGAUGAGAGAUAACAGCCGAUACAGCACUCACUGAGAGCACUAUACACAUCUUUAAAUGUGUCAGGGUGCACAUUUCACUACUAACUGUAACUUAGAGUAAUGAAAAAUUAAAUCAUCGAAACUCUGGAAUUAAAGAGGAAAUAGCAGCGGGCACCAUUGUUUCUAAUAUGAACAAUAUUCACUGUAGUCUGUGAAGGAGAAUCUGAUUUUAGUCACAUGGGGCCUUGAACAGGCACUGUGGUAGGCUGCUGUAUUGUUUUCUGUGUAAUCCAUAGGAAUAUAAGAAUGUUGUAGACUUGAAAAUCAUUUUGGAGAUCCUGUUAGAGUUUUAGAGUCACUGGGUUUGAGUUGUCACUUUUCUGCUGCUUUCGCAAAUAAAGUGAACAAAAAGGC